AUCUAUCGUGUGACCUCUUCGAGUCAAGAAAUGACCACCACUUCAACAACCAAAACCGCAAUGUCCGGCGCCAGCACCACCCCACCACCACAAUCUUCCUGGCCAUACUUUUCUUCACGCUCUUUCGCCUUGCACGCCAUUCCCGUCUCCUACGCCCUGGCGUACCCACCACACAUUUACGUCCUGGGCAAGCUCAUGUCUACGUCGACGUCUUCGACCGCUCACGCAUUCACCAACAUGGUCCCGAGGGUGAACCUGGAACGCCUGGGACCCUCCCUACCCAAAGCCACCACGGACAUGCUCUGGCGCGCGAGGGGUUGCCAUUUGAACGCCCUGGAAGGGUUUCCUCUGUUCGCGGCUGCGAUGAUCGCGGGUACAUGCACCUCCCUCCCCACGAGGGAUCUCAACAUCUGUGCGGCAGAGUACUUGACCGCCCGGGUCGUGUACAGUGUCUUGUACAUGACCGUCCGGAGUGAGGCGGCGAGUUAUCUCAGGUCCGCGGUCUACUUUUACAGCGUGGGCAUACCCUUUUACGUCCUCUGGAAGGCCGGUUGGAAGGUCGCGGCGGGGGCCACCCAGGACACAAACAACAGCCAAGAUGGUAUCAAGGGGGAGACGAAGAAGUUUUAA